AUGGGUGGGAAAGGGAAUUGGUUGUCUGCAGUAAAGAAAGCUCUCAGCCCAGAUACUAAAGAGAAAAAGGCAAAGAAAGAUAAUAAAUCGAAGAAAAAAUGGUUUGGAAAAGAAGAGCAGCCGGUGGUAUCCGAACCUCCACAGCAAGAAGCUGCCCAAGUUUCUAAUCCUCACCCUUUUCCACCUUUGGAAGAUGUGAAAUUAGCAGAAGUUGAGGAUGCGGAGCUGGCAGAACAUGCUUAUGACGUGGCAGUCGCAAGAGCGGUGGAGGCUGAGGUGGCAGUGGCGGCGGCUGAAGUUGUCCAAACGACGGUGCCAUGUCAGCUCGCUGGAAAAUCAGCCGAAGAAAUAGCCGCCAUCAAGAUUCAGACGGCAUUUCGUGGUUACCUAGCUCGGAGGGCAUUGAGGGCUCUAAGAGGGCUCGUUAGACUUAAAUCACUGGUUGAUGGGCCCACAGCCACACGCCAAACGGCAAAUACUCUGAAAUGCAUGCAGACAUUAUCGCAUGUUCAGUCUCAGAUACAAUCGAGAAGAAUAAGGAUGUUAGAGGAGAAUCGAGCACUACAGAGACAACUCCUCCAGCAACGUGCUAAAGAGCUAGAGAGUCUCAGAAUGGGAGAGGAAUGGGAUGAUAGCCUACAAUCGAAAGAGCAAAUUGAGGUGAACUUGCUGCACAAAUAUGAAGCUGCAAUGAGGCGAGAAAGGGCAUUAGCUUAUUCAUACACUCAUCAGCAAACAUGGAAAAAGUCAUCCAAGACGACCAACUUGCUCUUCAUGGACCCAACCAAUCCUCACUGGGGCUGGAGCUGGUUAGAACGUUGGACUGCAUCUACCACCCGACCAUUAGAAAAUUCCCAAAAUGCCCUCAAUAAUGAAAACAACGUCAAAACCUCCAGUGGAGGAAGUGACAUCACAAAUUCCUUUGCCCGACAUCAGCUCAAUCAAUCCUCACCCACCAGCCUAAAAAAACCUCCUUUCUCCCCAAAAUCAUUGAAUGCCUCUAUAGCUUCCAAGAAAAUCAAGCCUGCAAGCCCGGUUAGUCAAGAUGAUGAAUCGAGAAGCACUUUUAGCGUGCAAUCGGAGAGGAAUAAUAAUAGGAGGCACACUAUUGGUGGUGGUUCGUCUACUAGGGAUGAUGACAGCCUGGCGAGUUCUCAAAACUUGCCGAGUUAUAUGGUGCCAACUCAGUCAGCCAGGGCUAAGUUGAGGCUAGCUAGUCCAUUGGGGAUCGAAAAUGGCGAAUUUAAUAAUAAUAAUGGUAAUAGCCACAUUACGCCUCAAAAGGAUUUGGCUAAAAAACGGCUUUCUUACCCGCCAUCGCCAGCUAGGACGAGGAGAAAUCCGGGCUUGAAAAAGGUUAGUGAGACGGUUGUCGUUUGA